AUGGAUAGUAUAUUGAAUUUUGUAUCAUAACCUUGGUUCAUCGUCAACGCAAUUAUUGCUAUUUCAUUACUUGAAUACGCAUUGUAUAAUGUACGACCAAUUGUAAAUAGUCCAUAUGAGGUUGAAGAAAGAUUCCCUGCAUUCAGGAGAUAUGAUAGAAGAAAGUGGAUGAGAUGGAGAUUGUAUUUCUUUGCAUUGUUUCUACCAAUUAGAUUUUUCCUUGGAGUCCUAAAUCUAGUUUGCAUGUACAUCAUGAUUAGAGUGAUUAACUACAAUAUCAGCAGCUCGGUACCUCCCACUGCUAGAUAAGCAGCUCUUACUAAAUAUUUCACUAUAUUUCACAUGAGAUUCUAACUAAUACUAGUCUGUGGAAUGUUCCGCUUUAAAGUGAUGAAAAUUCAUAAAGAAUACUUUGACGUACUUGGACCUGACUGGAAACCUUACAAAGGAAAGCCAGCAACAAUAGUUAGUAAUCAUUCUGCAUGGAUUGAUAUUCUAUUGGGAUGUAUUGCACUUGAUUUCCCAAGAUUUACUUCAAAAAUUGGUAUCUUGAAAUGGCCAAUGGUAGGAGUCAUGGCCUCAUAUCCAGGAUAUGGCACAUUAUUCCUAGACAGAGCUGGAUCUAAAGAAGAGAGAGUUAAGCUAGUAGAGAUGAUUAAUGGACUUUAGAAGGAAAUUUGUGCUAAGCAAACAACACCACUUAUAAUGUACCCAGAAGGAUGCACAACAAAUAAUACUGAAAUGAUUCAAUUUAGAAGAGGAGCUUUUAACGGAAUGUACCCAGUUCAGCCAGUUACUUUCAAGUAUUACAGUCCGUUUUUCUAAUGCUCACAUGAUAUCCUCGAUGUUUUCUCGCACAUAAUACUCAUAAUGUGCUAGCCAUAUACUUAUUGCGAAAUUAGAAUAAUGCCUGUCUUUUAGCCAAAUGAGUACUUCAGCAAUUUCUAGGUGAGAGAGGGCGAAGAGAAAUGGGCAGCAUAUGCAAGAGCAGUUAGAAAGAUCAUGGCUGAAUCAAUAGGCCAAAGAUAGACAGAUUAAACUCUUGAGAUGAAAUUUGAAUAUAAGAACAUCUUAUACCCAAACAAAGGCAAUAAAAACAAGAGUGAAUGA